GAGCUCCCACGCUGCUGUUCCUUUUUCAUUUCCAGCUUUUAAGGAGCACCCGCCCCUUCGAACCACCGUGGUCACGGGCGAACACACCGGAGAGCAGCGCCGCGCCCCCCUGCCCGCCUCCGCGCCCUUGCCCAGACCGAGGCGGCCGACGCGCCUGCGUGCGCGCUAGGUAUAAAUAGGUCCCAGGCGGCAGCCACUGGGCAGAACUGGGCUGCGGCGCCGCGGGCCAUGGCGGGCGAGGACCACCAGUGGCAGGGCAGCAUCCUCUACAACAUGCUUAUGAGCGCGAAGCAAAGGCACGCGGCUCCUGAAGCUCCCGAGGCGCGGCUGGGGGAUCAGUGCUGGGGCUGUUCGUGCGGCGAUGAGCCCGGGGUGGGCAGAGAGGGGCUGCUGGGCGGGCGGAACGUGGCGCUCCUGUACCGCUGCUGCUUUUGCGGUAAAGACCACCCACGGCAGGGCAGCAUCCUCUAUAGCAUGCUCACGAGCGCAAAGCAGACGUCCGCGGCACCGAAGGCGCCCGAGGCUAGGCUGGGUCCGUGCUGGGGCUGUUCCUGCGGCUCUGAUCCUGGGGUGGGCAGAGAGGGGCUCCCGGGUGGGCGGCCCGUGGCGCUCCUGUACCGCUGCUGCUUUUGCGGUGAAGACCACCCGCGGCAGGGCAGCAUCCUCUACAGCUUGCUCACGAGCGCAAAGCAAACGCACGUGGCUCCGGCAGCGCCCGAGGCACGGCCAGGGGGCGCAUGGUGGGACCGCUCCUACUUUGCGCAGAGGCCAGGGGUUAGAGAGGGGCUAUCAGGCAGGCAGGCCAUGGCUCUUCUGUACCGCUGCUGCUUUUGUGGUGAAGACCAUCCGCAGCAGGGUAGCUCCCUCUACAGCAUGCCCACGAGCACAAAUCAAAUGCCCGCGGCUCUGGGGGAGCGGCCGGGGGCCACCUGGUGGGACAUCUCCUGUGGUGCGCUGCGACCCGUGGUGCUCAAGAAUCCACAGGUGGUCUGCGAGGCAGCCUCAGCGGGCCUGUUGAAGACGCUGCGCUUCGUCAAGUACUUGCCCUGCUUCCAGGUGCUGCCCCUGGACCAGCAGCUAGUGCUGGUGCGUAACUGCUGGGCACCCCUGCUCAUGCUGGAGCUGGCCCAGGACCACCUGCAGUUCGAGACUGUGGAAACCUCAGAGCCCAGCAUGCUUCAGAAGAUCCUGACCACCAGGCGGCGUGAGACGGGGGGCGACGACCCACUGCCCAUUUCCACGCUUCAGCCUCGUUUGGCACCGCCGGCGGAGGCCAGGCAGGUGCCUUCCGCCUCCCAGGUCCAAGCCAUCAAGUGCUUUCUUACCAAGUGUUGGAGUCUGGAAAUCAGUACCAAGGAGUACGCCUACCUCAAGGGGACCGUGCUCUUUAACCCGGACUUGCCGGGCCUGCAGUGUGUGAAGUACAUUCAGGGACUCCAGUGGGGAACUCAGCAGAUACUCAGUGAACACGUCAGGAUGACGCACAGAGGGCAGCAUGACAGAUUCAUCGAACUGAAUAGUGCCCUUUUCCUGCUGAGAUUCAUCAAUGCCAAUGUCAUUGCUGAAUUGUUCUUCAGACCCAUCAUUGGCACAGUGAGCAUGGAUGAUAUGAUGCUGGAAAUGCUCUGUACAAAGUUAUAAAGGCACGUGGGCCACAGAAGUGCAGUUCAUCAUGAGGGAAGAAUAAAGAGUUGUGGGCAAGAGAGUGUAAAAUAUUGUAAAAUAAACUUUCCUAUUAUUUUUA